AUGAUAUCUGGUUGGUUUAGCUUUAAAAAUAUUCAAAAUACAAAUUUAUUAGAAUUAAAAGGAUUUCAGAUAUCACAGAUAGCUGCUGAUGCAACAGGACGUUUUGUUGCAUUAUGUGGAACCAAUGAACUGGUACUGAGUCCGCUGAAAAAUCCUUCAAAUUAUAGUGCAUUUUCUUUACCAUCGAAAUCAGGAUGUUCUGGACUUGCUUGGCAUCCGAAUGAUUCUACAAGGCUAGCAGUUGUACGAUCUAAUAAAUGUGAACUCCUCGUAUGGGAUGCAAACGAAUGUCGUCUAAGUACAAGUACAAGUUUAGGCGGAUAUGUGCGUGUGAUCAAUUCACUGGAUUGGAGUCCUAUGCAUCCAUUUCUUUUAGCCACAACGUCAGCAGAUCAAUUUCGUGCUAUUUGUGUUUGGGACCUACGGGAUCUGUCUCGACCUAUUCGAGCUAUGGAAUCUCUUUCUUCACCUAUCCUUGUUAAAUGGAAUAGGUUUCUUAGUGGAAAAUUUGCUACCUGUCAUUCAUCGGGUGUUCGAGUUUGGGAUUUAAGGACGAGUGUCCCACAACAAUAUCUCUCUGUACAAGGUGAUGCUAUUCGUGAUUUUGACUGGUCUCCAAAAAAUACCAAUCAGUUGGUUACCAUUAGUGAUGAUCCUCAGUUGUGUUUAUGGGAUAUUGAAAAUGCUUCGUGUCCAGUGAAAAAAGUUCGAUUACAUGAUAUUAAAAUGAGAAAAGUAUUGUACACUCCAUCAGGUGAUCAUAUUGUCAUUCUACCAGAGCAAUCCUAUUGGCCAGUACAUGGAAUAACAGUAUGGACAAGUGCUACAUUAACUCAAUCGUAUGAUUUAUUUUUAAAAAAGGAUAACACCAAUGCGAAUAAUACUGGUGACAAUCAGAAUUUAAAAACAUCUACUGGUGGUAAUACCAGUACAACAACAACAACAACAGCAACUACCACUACUACUAAUACUUCUGUCAGUAGUAAUACUGGUUUCUUAUCCGCAUCAGCAUCAUCGCUGUCGUCUAUCACAACAAUAGUUAACACAGCGUUCUCUAGCAAUCCCACUGCUACGACUACUACUACUACUAGUAAUGCUACUGGUGCCACUACUAAUAAUCCCGUUACUAACAAUCAUUUAUGCGAUGAAUCAACCUGUCAACCCUAUUCAACAGAUUCAUAUAUUCUCGAUAUGAAUUGGUUAGUCUUCUCACCGAAUAUUCUUCUACCACAAAAUGAUGAUGAAACACCGACAGUCGUGACACCACCAACGACAACAAAUUUCCUGUUAGACAAUGAAAUGGCAAUGGCAUAUCCGAAUUUAGACUAUUGUCCUAGAAAAUUGACACAUUUACUUACCUGGUCAGUAGAUCAAGUACUUCGAGGUUAUCCAAUUCAUUCCAGGACAAUCGCACAUCAUGACACUGAACCAGCCACGAAUCAAUCAAGUAAACAGAAUCGAAUAACACAAGAAGAGUCAACCGGACACAUACUAGAGGAUAAUACUAUUCUUAAAACGAGUCAUUCAAAAAAGACUGGUUGUACAACAACGAGUAGUUCUAAUAAAUCUAAGCCUUUCGAAUUACAAAUACGCGGUGAGGAUUUCUGUCAGCGUUCAUCUAUCUCAAAGUCGAAUUUGUCUGUAUCAGCAAUCGGUGGGAGUGCAGAUAUAAAAAAUACAAACCAAGAAGAUAGCGCUUUUCAAUUCUUAGCUCAAGAAUUGUCUCUGUUAAGUCCUAGAGCUGGACAGUAUAAAUUAGAAGAAGUUGAUCUGAUCAAUCGUACUGCAAAACUGAUAUUAUUCUAUUGUCGUCGUAAACAUUAUCAUCAUUAUACUCUAUGCUCGAUAACAAAUGCAUUACGACGUCGACGUCAUAGUGCUGAUAUAAAUAAUGAAGGUCUGGAUAGUUUAUUAUUACCUUCAACAACUGAUUUAAUUUCACAAAUGGAAUUAUCUGAACACUCGAAUCUAUGGAUAACACAACAUCAUCGUGAUUCAUUAUCAUCCUCUGGAGAUAUAGAUUCAACUGCAUUGAAUGAUAUCAAUUUUACUGGAGAGUGUAAUAGUCAAACGAAUAUACAAGCAACAAAUAAUAUGUUGAAUCAUUGUUCAUCUGCUUUGACCAUGUCUAAUCAAUCGAUAAAAAUUGUCAAUGAUAAUGAUAGUAAUAUAUCAUCUCUUGCUGGGGGUGGUAUGCCUUUAGCUGGUUCAAUUAUACUGAGUGUUGAAUUCCCGGUUUGUUAUCCGUUGGGCGAUGCUUUGCCGGAAUUCCACAUACUUGACUGUAAUCCAUCAUUACCGGCUGAUGUAUUAGAUGAGCUAAAGAAUGUUUUACAUUCGACUGCAUCAGAAUUUGUACUGUCUUCACGUGGUUGUGUUGAACCGUGUAUACGGAAUGCUGUGAUCACUUUGCAAACUUAUCCAGUAUCACAUAGUCAAAUUGAACGAAAUUCCUCCUCAGUAUCAUCGAAAUUAGUGCAUUCAUCUAGUAUACGCUAUGAUAUAAACGAUGAUACACUAACAAAGAUAUCAUCAUUGCAUAAUAAUCAGCCAGAUGAAAUAUUUAUGCCUAGUGGAGAAACUAUCAUAAAACGUAAAGGGAAACAUGCUGCUAUUGGAAUCCCAUUUCCAAGAACGUCGGGUGUUCAUUUUACAAUUAAUGGUUUACUUGUCAUGUUUGGCAUCUCGGAGACAUUAUCAUCUAUUCGAGCAACACUAAAAUCUACUCCUGUUUCAAUGGAGUCAAUUGCAAAUCAUGACAAUAAUAACGACAACAGAAAUAAGAAUCAGAAUAAUAAUAAUAAUCCUAGUAAUACUAAAGAUUGGACACCACGAUCAUUCAAUGAUUAUCAAAUAUUUAUGCAUCAAUUCACAUCAAUCCAUCAAGAGUAUAGUACAGAUAUGAAGAAAUCUUUUCAAAAUUGUAUUGGUAGCAUUAUUGACUCAUUUGUUAAAUUAGAAGAAAAUUCUGUUGAGAAAAAAGCACCAACAGAAGAGGCAGGAACAGGAGGUGGAGGAGGAGAAGGGGAACAAAUGAAACAACAGAAACGUUGUCUCAAUAAUGAAAUGAUUCAUGACAAGGUUAGCUUAUCACCGUAUAAAGUGAAUUUACCUGGUAGUCGAAAUUCAUUUGAUACAAUGGAAAACAAUAAAUCAGGAAAAAACUCUUCUGAAAGUAUACAAGAUAUGGAACAAAAAUGGAUAAACCCACUUGUGCCUUCAAUAUGUCCUAAUUUUGUUGAUCCAAAAUACUUAACUAAACUAAUUCCUGGUCAAUUCAGUACUGUUUAUCCGUCUACCGUUCAGAUCUAUGAUUUGAGUCCAUUAAUCUGGGAUAGACAUUUGAUGUAUGAAUACAGUUUGAACACCGACAAUUUACAACGACUGUGUACUCAUAAUCUUAAUGUGGUACUACACACCCAUAGGAAGGAUUUAAUUCGAUUUUGGCAAUAUGCCCUUGUCCUGUCAGUUUCAUUUGAUCGAUCAAAUAAUAUUUAUCAAACUUGCCAACCAUUAGCUUCACAAUUAAUUGGAAGACCUUUAUUUAAUACAUGGAUUAAACAUUUUCUUCGUAUCCACGAUAUACAAAGUUUAGCUAUGGCAGUACUUGUAUUGCAAAGUUUACAUCGAAUAAAUGAAUUACAGCUCGAUAAUACUUGUAGUUCAACUGGUUCAUUAAAUAAUUUGAAUGCUCCUACCAAAGCUCAAUCUUCCAACAUGAUGAAUAACAUCUCAGAAAUAAAGUCAAAAAAUUGUGGCAAUGAAUUAGAGAAAACUAAUAAUUGUCUUAGAUACAGUACACUUUCGAAUACAAUAUUAGAAAAACCAGUUUCAUUCACUUUAGAUGAUUCUGAGGAUAUACCAGCGGAUGAAUUAAGUUCAACUUGUUGGGACCGAUCAAAUGAGAAUAUGAAUAAUUGUUGUACUUCUAGUGAACAACACCAACACCAACCAGGAAUGAAUGAAUUAUCCGUUAACUCAAUUUAUGCUCAUCAGUCAAGAUUUAUUCAUUCAAAAGAUUUAUUUCCAUUUCAUCAUUAUAUAUCAGUUUAUGCAAGUAUUAUCUAUUCCCUACGUGAAUAUAUAUUACAUGCUCGUCUUUUACGUUCUUGGUCGUCAUCGUAUAUGCAUAAAAAUGCCUUACCAUAUAUUUGGCCAUAUAUUCAAAGUAGUGCAUUAAUAUUACUUUCAUGUCCUGAUAAUCAAUCAACUUCUAAUCUAUUACCUAAACAAUCUAAUAAUGAUCAACUGAAAUCAAUUCAAUGUACACAAUAUCAAUGGGAAAUGAAUGUUGAUCCUGAUAAUGUUGUUAUAAAUACACGUCAAUUAUUAAUAUGUUCUAUAUGUCGUAAUACAUCGAAAGGACUUGUUUUAAUCUGUCCAAGAUGUAAUCAUGGUGGACAUGUACAUCAUAUUUAUACAUGGUUUAAUUCAAUCAACAGUGUAAAUAAUAAUUAUCCAAAACAAUGUCCUUUUAUUAAUUGUAAUUGUUUUUGUUCAACGGAUGAACUGAUAAACUCAAGUCAAAUUGUACAAGUUCAAUAA